AUGGGCCCCGAGGUAGCUGCAAAGCUCGCGAUAGUGCAAGUCCAUAGUAGUAUGUCAAGAGCAGUGUUGCACGUGUUUGUACAAACAUUCGACGAAGAGGGCCUAGGGAACAGAAUAGGAUCUGCUCUUAGCAGUAGCUUAGAAGAAAGCGAACUGACUACAACCCCUUCUACGCCAUCAUCAUCGCCGCAAGCACCUGCACUGCAGCCUAUCAAGUCAGAAGAACAAUUAGGACGGCGGAAACUCAGGCUUCCGAGAUUUGGCGCGGGAUUAUCCUACGAAGAUUAUGAGGCAAUAGCGCGACACAAAUUGGAACGACAGGGAAGCGCCAAUCUUUCCAGAACACGAAAAUAUCCGCCUGGGAUGACUUACGAAGAGAUAGCAUCCUCCAGAUCAAUCUCAAGUAAGAAACAGGAGAACCGUAUUGAACAGGACGAUAUCAGUCCUGAUCGCGACAGCCAGGAAAGUAUAGAGCCCAUUCAGGAGCAGGACAUCAAAGCAACCGGGCCCGAUCCUUACGAGAAAUUGAAUUACAAAGCAGCGAGGGCGCCGACCCGCUAUCAGACGGUUGUUUUCCGUUUAGACAUGCCUUGCAGCAGUGAUUCUACGAGUGAUCAAGAUGGAUACGGACCCAGCACUAGUUUGGAUUCUAACAUGGAUGGUCGCAGAAUAUGGCAAAGAUCAGGUUCAUCGGGAUCUGUUCAGUCUUGGGCUUCGAGCUUAUCAGCUGAUAGUCAGUCGGAGGAAGCUGCCGCAGACUUCAUGAAAGCUUUUGUACCUUUACUAUUCGAUGCGCCUAAUACUAUCGAUCAAGAACAAAAGGCUAAUUUUGGGCAGAUGGUUUUGACAGAAUCGGGGCGAAUAUGGUUCUCCAGGGUAGUGAACGCGAGAAGAGCACGUGCGUGUGUCACAGAAGCUUCAUUUUAUUCUUUGGCGCAGCAUUUCGCAGUCGCUCUGUUUGAAUGCCAUGAAGCGGAUGAUUUUGCCCCCGCUAAAAGUCUCAUGAACAUGUGCUUCACUUUCUAUCAUGAAGUGGAAGUUCCUGGAUUAGAGCCUUACCGUGAAUAUUUGUACACACAUUUACGCGUUCAACCAAUAUGGACGUCUAUGAGAUUUUGGACAGCUGCUUUCUUUGACGCAGUACAAUGUGAGCGAGCUUCAAGACCGGUACCACCUCGACCGAAAUCCUUAGAUCAGGAAAGUAUCGCCGCUGAAGAUAGAAAAUUUCAAGCAAACAUUGUCUUUGGACAAUUAGGGACUUUUACUUGCAACAUGCAUGCUUUCGGCCUGUCACGAGCUUUAUGCACAGAGUUUCUCCGGAAACAAUGUAUUAUAGCGAAUUUAACUAAAGAACAAGAAAAAAUGCUACGAGAUAACAUAGAUCGAAUGUUCGAUGAGACCGAGCCAUGGCGGUAGUUUAGUUUGAAUAAACAGAUAAGAUUGAUUUUGAAAAUUGCUUUAAAGAAACAUUUUGCAAUGUUUCUUCUUAGAAAUAUUUUCGACGAAAUCGAAUUGUCUUCGAACGCCGAGAAAGCGAUGAAGUCAAUUAUGAAAACAAUCUUGUAAAUAACGUUGAUGUAUUAUAAGUCGACAUUUGUUGAAUCUUUCGCGGUAUUCGACGCUGGACACGUCAAUUCCUAAGAUGCAAACACUGCAUAGAUUCGCGCCUUAAAUUGUGAAAAGUAUAUUGAAUCUUACGUUUCUGAAAACUAUUAAAAGAUUACGAAAGAUUUUUUCAAAAUGAAACAAGGAUUGAGGAAUUGAUCCUAUAACACUAACAGAGAUUAAGAAAAAUUAAAAUUUGAAAAUUGGGAUUUCAAAUAUUUUGAAAUUUUUAACAAAUUAUUAAUAUUUACAUAGUAAUGAUAAAGUUAAGAAUAGAAAUGACAAUAAGGAACUGCAUUUGAAAAUGGAAUUGCAUUAUUGACAGUUCAAUUGAAGUGUCAUUUGUUGAGUGUAAUUUAUUAUAUUAAGGAGAAAUGAAAAGAAGAAAUAUUAUUAAUGAUAGAAAGC